AUGAUGGUUUUGGAAGACUAUGAAAUACAGUCUCUAAACAUGGUUGAUGUGGAAUUCAGUUAUUUACCCUUUGAUCUCAGUGUUGAUUCUCCUCCGGUUGUUAUGAUGAAUGAUCGCCAAGUGAAAAAUUUUGUUGCUUAUUGGAGAAUGAAGAAUAACAUACGGUUGUGUGUGACGUUUAAAACCACAGUGAAUGAUAGAAGUAAUAUUGAUUUGAAUAAGGAACCAAGUGAUUCAAGUGAGGGAGGCGUUGACAGUCUCCACCGUGAAAAACAGCAAAAAAUUGUGAGCAAAGCAAAACCGAAUGAUUGUAACUUCAUAACUUCUAAGGACGCUGAAGUUGGUGCUAGAUCUAUGAUGGUUGAUUCUAUGGUAAAGAAGGGGCAAUAUUUCAAAAGCAAGGAAGCUUUACAGGCAAGUUUAGAAAUUUUUGCCAUGAAGUAUAACUUCGAUUACAGAGUUACUAAAUCUGGUACAAGAUUAUGGUGUAUACGCUGUAUUGAUAAUGUUUGCAAAUGGUGUGUUCGUGCUGAGUGCUUAGAAGGGUCUACGUGUUGGAAAAUCAACAAGUAUGUGGGUAGCCAUACUUGUGCUCCUUCAAGGAAAACGAAAUUUGGUAGAACACCUUCAGCAAGAACAAUCGGGAAUCUCAUCAAACAUAAUUAUGAAGGUGUCAAGGAGGGACCUAAACCCAAUGACAUCAUUAAUAUUAUGCGUACGGAGAAUGGAUGUGAGCUAACUUAUUCCCAAGCUUGGGAAUCUCGUGAGUAUGCAGUUAACGAAGUAAGAGGAAUCCCAGAGAAAAGUUUUGCUAAGAUACCUAACUACUUGCACAUGCUAAAAGAGGCGAAUCCUGGUACGCAUACAAAUUAUGAUAUUGAUUGUGAUGGUAGAUUCAAGUAUCUAUUCAUUUCAUUUGGUCAAUCAAUAAGAGGGUUCUACAAGAAAAUUCGGAAGGUCAUUGUAGUUGACGGAACGUUUUUAAAGAACAAGUACAAAGGAGUUCUACUAGUUGCUACAGCCGUAGAUGGUAACUCUAAUUUGUAUCCAAUUGCAUUUGGGAUUGCUGAUUCUGAGAAUGAUGCUUCAUGGGAGUGGUUUUUAAUGCAGCUUAAGGUUGUUAUUGCGGAUGACAAAGAUUUAGCUUUUGUGUCAGAUCGACAUAUAUCUAUUGGUAAAAUGAUUGGAAAAAUCUACCCGUUGGCUAAACAUGGUAUUUGCAUCCACCACUUGAUAGGUAAUGUGGUUACAAAUUAUAAAGGAAGAGGUGUGGCUGGUCGUCUUGCAAAAGCGUCAAAAGCUUAUAGAGUUGCUGAGUUUGAUAAACAUUUUGCGGAAAUUUGCAAUAUCAGUCCGGCGAUUGGAGGUUAUCUACAGGAGGCUGAUGUGAAAAAAUGGGCUAGAUGUCAUUUUCUUGGAUAUAGAUAUGACAUAAACACCAACAACCCUGCUGAAUCAAUAAAUUCAGCUUUGAGAUCACCGAGAGAGUAUCCAAUCAUUCCUUUGUUAGAUAGCAUUAGAGAAAUGUUAACCCGCUGGUUUUAUGAGCGUAGGGCACAAAGUGAGCAGCAGAACGACCCUUUAACCAUUGACGUGGAGCAGAAGAUUUCUAGAAGAAUAGAGAAGGGUGAAAAGUUUAAAGCUUAUCCUAUUUCUCAAUUCAUAUUACAGAUUAAAGGUAAAGGAGUAGAUUUUAUUGUUGAUUUGGAGAAGAGGACUUGUUCAUGUGGAAAGUUCGACACAGGAAAGCUUCCUUGUAGACAUGCCAUAAAAGCAUGUUUUAGUAUUGGGAAAAGUCUGUACCCAUACGCUGAUGAUGUGUUCACUACUGCUGCAUGGAGAUCAUUGUACGAGGAAACCAUUAAUCCUAUAGGUGUUCCUGAAGAUGAAUGGUGUGUUCCCGAAACUGUUGGUGAUGUAAAAAUUGUACCACCUGAGACAAGAAGAGGAGCUGGUAGAAGAAGAAAAAGAAGAUACGAAUCAGUGGAAGACAAGAUAAGAUUGUCACAAGGAGCGAAGAGGCGUAAGUGUGGCCGUUGUGGUAAAGAAGGCCACAAUAGAUCGACAUGUGAAAACACGAUCUAA